GAAACCCCAAACAGAAUUCAUAUGCCUAUUGUGUUUGUAAAUCAAUCCCAACACCACCAACACGUUCAACAUCAGGCACCGCCACCGCCAACAGCGCCGGCACCGCAACCGCCACUAAUACUACGACAACAACUAUUACAACAACAGCCGUCGCGACACCAAUACUAUCCCAACGACCAGACCAUUAGUGCCAAUAAGACAUCAAUGGAGGCCAUCAAGAUAUGUGUGGUCUGCGGGGAUCGGGCUAACGGCUAUAAUUUCAAUGUAAUCGCUUGUGAGUCGUGUAAAGCCUUCUUUCGACGAAACGCGUUGAGGAAAAAGGACUUCAAGUGUCCGUUCAAUGGCAACUGUAAGAUCGAUGCCAUCACCAGAAAGUUUUGCCAGAAAUGCCGAUUACAGAAGUGCUUCAACAGUGGUAUGAAAAAAGUGAGUACACAUGCACUUUACAUACAUGUAUAUACUAUUUUCCCUGUGCUAAUGAUGUCGGUGCUGGUUGUGGUGGUACUGGUGCUGGUGUUGGUAGUGCUGGUACUCUCGUAG